GGCCCUCAAUAUGUGUGCACGAAUUUCGCAACGUUCGUCUGCGUCGCGUGCAGCGGAAUCCAUCGAGAGUACACGCACCGCCUCAAGUCCGUGUCAAUGGCCAAGUUCACUCCUGAAGAGGUGGCAGCGCUGCAGCAAGGCGGCAACCAGAAAGCGCGGGAGUUUUUCCUCGCGAAUGCCAGCAGGGUGGAGCCGCCAGACCCCAACGACCCAAAUCGGCUGAGGGAGUUCGUGCGAUCAGUCUACGUGGAGAGGCGAUACGUGGCAAGCAGAGACCCGAACGCUGCUGCUGCGCCACCUGCGCGCGCGCAGCCCUCUUCCCCCUCCCCUUCCCCCGACCUCCCCCCAGCCUCCGCCUCCUCCCCGCAGCCCGUCUCCUCUUCCCAGCACAACGAUCACAGCCGUUUAUCUUCUGACGCCCGAGCUAUGCGGGCUUCUGCCGAUGGGUACGGUGGUGCGAGUGGGGCGAGCAGAGGUCCGGGCAGAGCCAUGGACUUGCCGCCCUACCAGAUGGCAGGAGCCGCUACAGGACAAGCCAUGCCGUCCGCCUAUGAUCAAUUCCUCUCCACCUCAGCAGCCGCCCCUCCUCCUUUCCCCGGUGCCCCUGGUGUUGCUGCUAGUCUCGAUGCCUCUGGUUUUGGUGCUGCUGCCGAUGGUAGCAGUGCAAAUACAGCAGCAGCUGCAGCAGCAGCAGCAGCAGCUGCCAAGUCGACCAAUCCGUUUGCCUUCGAUGAUGACGAUGAUGAGGAGGACACUACGGCCCCUGCUGCUCCUCCUGCUACUGCUACGGGUUCUCAGCCAUUCUCCAUGGAUCCGUUGGCUGCUGCUCUCCCUGGCGGUUAUUUUGUCCCUCCUGGCACCGUUGCUGCCCCUUUCCAGUCCCCUCAGCAGCAGAAUCCUGCAGCCACCCCAUUCGCACAUGGACCAGAUCUCACCCCCCAACCCUCCGUCUUCUCGCCCUCCACUCCUCCUCAACCCUCUGAUCCGUUCGGUGCACCUCACCCCGUCCAAACCACCUCGCCUGGUCUGGCCGGACCUGCCGGUGGGUUCGGAGGUGCCACGCCGGGAGGGGGCGUGAGUGUGUCUGCUGAUCUAUUUGGGGCUGGGUUCGGGUGGGGGGGAGGGGGAGCAGGAGGCGGGGGAGGAGGGGGAGGAGGAGCAGUGGGAGGGGCAGGUAUGGGAGGCCAUAAUCCAAUGCAAUCUGCUGGUGGUGGUGGGGGGAUGUCUGCAUCAAUCGAUUUCGGUUUCCUUGGAGGUGGUGGUGGUGGUGCAGCCUCUGGGCUUGCUCCUGGUGCUGCGGGGGGUGAUGGGAACUUCGGAUUAGCUUCUGCUACUGCAGGAGCAGCAGGAGGGCCUUCUAUGGAUCCGUUUGCAUCUCUAAUGCCGACUGGAGCACAGGCUCCUCCUAGUGCUCAUCAGCCCGCUCCUGCUGCUGGUGCAGCUGCGGCUGCUCCUGCAUCGUCUUUUGAUGGUUUCUCUUGGUAA